UUACCGUCAGCGUCCUCUCCCAUCAUUUUUUUGACACCUGGCGUCGGAUCCUCGGUUCCCACAAAGAUCCGACUGACACCAAAAAAAUUCAAAGCUGGAGCCCAUUGACAACAGCAUCAUCAAGAUGACGAAGGUUCCAAUGGCGGUGGCGUUGACCUCUAGUUGCCUUCUUCUGAACCCCGCACUUGCUUUUGUGCCACAAUUCCCUCAAAAUGUAAUUACAGGUACUAUUAGUACCAGACGCCCAGGACUUGUUCUCAACAGCAGUGACAGCAGUGACAAUUUUGAUUUUGACUUUUACAUGAGUAAAUUCAACCUGGACCUGGACUUUGAUUCACGGGAAGCCCCGAAAAGAGCCGCAGAAGUGUAUGCAGCAGCCCGAAAAGGAUUGGGCAUGGAAGACAAGCACUUUUUGGAAUCUUCUUUCUUCUCUGUCACACCACUGAUGGCUGCCGUGGCCUCCUUCUUUUUGUAUCCGACACAAUCGGUUUGGUUUCACAAGGCUGUUACGUACUUUAACAAGUUUGAACCUGUCGAUGGAGGAAACUUGCAGUGGUCCAUUCUCUUGCCUGCACUCAAUGGAGUUGUCAUGACUGCAAUCUCAUUGUUGUACGCCAAUUUGAUCUCGACGACCGGAACUCAGUUAAGGAAUCGACAAAUCACAGUUCAUCAAUCCCUCAGCACGGAAGUGGAAGGCAUUUGGGGUCUCAUUCAACUGCUUCAGUAUUAUCCAAUUCAAUCACAACCUUCCUUUGGACAGCAUCUCAAUCAAUAUACGCUCACAUUGAUUGACGAAUCCUACAACACAAAUCCCCAAGACUUGAGGACCAAUUGCCAAUCACUCAAUGAUUUUCGCAAUCAAUUGCACUAUUUGAGUACGCGACCUGCCGCCGCCGACGACAUUCUACACGAUACCAUUCGAGAACGAUCGUAUGAAACACUGCAGAGCAUAUUGGUAGCCCGAACCACGCGCAUCACCAGCUUGCAAACCAGAUUCCCCGCGCUUCACUACGUUACGAUUACUGCGUUGACCUUUGCCAUUCUGGGCAUUUUUCUGCUCGAGACGGAUCGAAGCGUCAUACUCUACCUCGACAAGUUUCAGUUGCAAUCCGUCUGGGCAUUGUUAGUGGGUACAGUCACGGCCAUUUACUGCAUUGGAGUGGACUUGGCGUAUCCCUUUAUUGGAACGUACACGGUACCAGCGGAUCAGUUGUUGGAAAAUGACGACUUGUUGAAAUUGAUUGAUAAUGCCGCCAAAGCCAAAGGGGACUUGACCAACCAGAAAUUUCCACUUUUGGAAGUUUGUGAUAUCCAUGACAAACCAGAAGAAGAAGAAGAGGAGAAGCACGACGACAAUUUUGCCUUGUACAACGAAUACAUGCAGAGCCGAAAUCCGUCCUUGUACGAUGAAUACAUCAAACGGGCUCAAUAGAACACUCAUGAGGCGAUGGAAGUACAAUGGCACGAACAAGUGAUCUCUGGUAUUGUGCAAGCAAAAAUGGCCGCGAAUCAGCACCAACGUAAGCGCUGAGACAGAAAGCAGCAGCGCUUACAGAGGCUGGUUAUUGUACGGUAGGCAUGUUUCCACUUGCUGCAUUGAAGAUACCGCACAACUCCUUGAAACUGAAGGUCGACAACGUGGCAGCAACGAGACGGAUAGGCCAUGUCGAAACAAGCGACUUUGCCAUGUCAUGCCAUGCUCAACGCGACAAAGAUGAGAUCUGAUGCAAAGUGAAGUCGUGUUUAUAGUUCACUUGUUUACAAACCAUUUUACCUGAACCUUCUAUCUUACCGAUCUCCCUUCCUUGAC